GCAGUACUUCAUCAAUGGCACUUUCAGAACAAUUUCCAGACUCGGAUUACAGUUCUGACGUUCUGGCCUGGUCCCUUUCGAAUGUGAUUUCGGACGACGAGUCGGGCUAUGACUCAAACAGCUACGAUCUCGACAGAGCUACCACAGGAGGCGAGGACAACUUUGAGGGUGAUACUGACGAGGUCUUCCAGACAUCUGUCCAAACUUCCGCCCAUUUUCAAGCCAGCUUUGAAGUUAUUUAUGACUCUCCUCCUCCGUUUAAUGCUCUGGACAGAUUUGUCCAGUCUAAGCGAAAUCCUGGAUACACUAUCAAGAAGUCUGAAGACGCCAAAACUUCGUUGGUUCUCGAGACUAAGACGGAAUCGGGAGAGGUGAAGCGUCGAGCUCUUCUCAACCCAGACCGAUUCAAGACACAGAUGUGCAAAGCUUACUUGCGCGGAUCUUGUUUGUUUGCCGAUCAGUGUCAGUUUGCUCAUGGUGAGAGCGACCUGCGAGCCCCCAAAGUGCACCAAAAGUACAAAACUCAGAAGUGCAAACACUUCGCAGCUGGCAAAUGCAAGCACGGCAACGCCUGCUGGUUCAUCCACGAGAACGAUGUGAAGGAAAAACAGCUCACUGAUGUGAUGAAAAUUCUCUCUAAGAAAUCGGAGAAGGAAAUCGAGCAAUGGGCAUCAAAUACCGAAUAGAG